AAGUCCCCUGCCAUCCUUGCCAGCGCAACCACCGUGUCCUCAUCCUUGUCUCUGUUGGUGACUCGCAUACACACUCUCUAGUGACCAGAUGUCGGGAGGAUCAUGGUUGACGGUGGUGGCGGUGUUGGUGGUGACGGUGACCACAGUCUACGCGGCGAUACCUGGACCAUAUGACCGUCGCUAUCCCGACUACAUCGUGGACCCGAGAGUCUCGUGUGAGAAGGAGGGCAGCUUCCCACACCCGAGGAACUGCAGCUGGUACUACAGAUGCGUGGACCGAAUGAACGUGGGAAUAUUUUGGACUUACUACUUCGAGUGCGAACCCGGAACGGUCUUCAGCGACGACCUAGACCAGUGCGUUCACUCGCACCUCGUCUCGGCCCCCUGCGGAACCCCACCGACGACACCUCGUCCCAUCAUCCCUUGCACGGGCGUCGAGGGAACCUGCAAGAAUUACGAGAUCUGUGACCCACUCCCGAAGAGGACUAUAAACUUGUGUGAUGAGAUCCAGUGCCCGCUGAGGACGCCGAACCUGCAGUGUGGCCCGGGCUACGGCUACGACUUGGUGAACAAGAAGUGUACACUCAAGCCAAAAGAUUGGCAGCUGUGUGGAUACAAGGAGCCAGUGAGUGAACUCAGCCUCACAGAAAUAGCCAAGUUAACCUGCUCAAGCUCCAACCUCAGACCCAAGACGGACUUUGUCUCCCGAGUGCACUGCGACAAUUACGCACUCUGUGACGGAACCAAGUUUAAGGAGAACAAGCAGCUGUGCAGUAGCUACUACGAGUGUUACUACACCGGUGCAGAGUGGAAGGCCAACCUGAAAGCGUGUUCCACUGGUCUCCUCUUCAGCUACGACCUGGACCAGUGCGUGGCCGCGCCCUCUCCUGCUGAGAUAUGCACAAGCUCGAACUUUUAAAGAAAACUGGAGAUGUUUCGUGUCUGUUUGUUUGUUUGUUGGUUUGUUUGGCCCGUGAGCAGAACAGGUGAAGUGAAGCUAGAAGAACACUACCUUGAACACCACUACCUGUCUGAAGAACACCAUUCUGAAGAAUAGGUUCCUGAAGAACAUAUUUCUGAAGAACAGGACCCUGAAGAACAAGUUCCUGCAGAACAUGUUUCCGGACAACCCGAUCCUGAAGAACAAGUUCCUGCAGAACAUGUUCCGGAAGAACACGAUCCUGAAGAACAAGUUCCUGCAGAACAUGUUCCGGAAGAACACGAUCCUGAAGAACAAGUUCCUGCAGAACAUGUUCCUGAAGAACAAGUCCCUCAUGUUAGAGGAUAGAAGAAUACGAGCAUGAAGAACUCGUGAGGCUCCCUUUAUUUGAAGAACACCAGUUCUGUUCACGUAACAUCUAUGGAGAACAGUUCUGACGUUAAUCAGUGCCUGGCCGACUAACAUUCUGUCCUUUCACUUACAUGUAAGAGGUCAGAGAUGCUGUAGCGUUUCCAAAAGUUGAAUAGUUAAAUAGUGAACCACACAAUGUUAAAUACUGGACACUUUUUUUUUUACUUUGAUCCCCUUUGUAAAUAUAAAUUUAUAGGUUGUUUCACGUCUGUAAAUGAGCAGAAAAUCAAUUUGAAGUCAAUUUUACGAGUAUUUUUGGCUGCUAGAUCACGUUUUAAAUUUGUAAGCGAACAAAUUUAGAAAAUAGCGCAUUUGUAAGUGAGCAAAAUGUUGCUGAAUCACAAUUAAGAACAUAAGAAUAAAGGUAACUGCAAAAGGCCUAUUGGCCCAUACGAGGCAGCUCCUAUUUAUAACCCCCCAAUCCCACUCCUAUACAUGUUCAACCCACGCUUGAAACAAUCAAUGGGACACCACCUCCACCACGUUACGCGGUAAUUGUGAGUAAUAUGUAACAAUUGUGAGUAAUAGUGAGUAAGAUGCUAGAUCACCUUAAUCUGUAUAAGCAUUAGAUGCUUGCUAGACAGCUUAGCAUUAUAUAUUAAGACUUCAACAAGGGGCGUUAUCACUACAUAAGUACUGGGAGUACUGAGAGUACUAGGAGUACUGGGAGUACUGAGAGUACUGGGAGUACUAGGAGUACUGGGAGUACUGAGAGUACUGGGAGUACUGGGAGUACUGAGAGUACUGGGAGUACUGAGAGUACUAGGAGUACUGGGAGUACUGAGAGUACUGGGAGUACUGAGUUGGUACUCUAGGUGAUUAAGACUCAACCUUAUCAACUUUACAUGCAAAUGGCAACUUAUAUGGAACAAUUACAGUCAACUACGAAGCAAGCUACAAGAAAUACACUAAGGGAUAUAUAUACACAAGGCAAGAAAUACAAUACAGGAAAUACAAUAUGUAAACCAGUAUGUGUUUAAACGUUUAAAAUAAUCUGAAUGAAGAAAUUUGUAAUCAUGUAUAUUUUGUUUUUCAUUCAUAAAAUCUUUCCAUUCUCAUUAUGUUAAUACCCGUUCCUCUUACUCCUCUUUCUCUCUCUCACUCCCUCUUCUCAUUCUCUUCUCCAUGUUCCUAUUUUUCCAUACUCAUGCAUUUACUCAUUUAAAGCUGAAUGUUUCAUGACGUAUAUAAGGAUUUGUUUAUUCUGAUUAUUGUGCUGAUGUUGGAGAGGGCAAAAGUACUGAGAUUGAAGGUAGGAAUAGUGUUUGCGUGUGUGUGUGGUGUGUGUGUGGUGUGUGUGUGUGUGUGUGUGUGUGUCUGUGUGUGUGUGUGUGUGUGUGUGUGUGUGUGUGUGUGUGUGUGCGUGUGUGUGGUGUUGUAUACGUGUGCAGAUCUGUGCAACACAUUAGGUUCACACUACUGGUAGGAACACACAAGGUAGCAACACAAGAGGUCAACAGAACACAACUUGCAACAUUAUUUGGAGUCAACAACACUAGUAGCAAUACGCGCCUGUGAAAUACUAAUCAUUGCAACUCAAACUUCCCCAUCUCGUACCUGCUGUAUGUUAAAAGACUUGUACGUGUGUGUGUGUGUACGUGUGUGUGUGUGUGCGUGUGCGUGUGUGUGUGUGUGUGUGUGUGUGUGGCUAUACGCUGUGAUGUAUCUAACAAUAAAAGCCUUAU